CUGUUCAGCCAGAUCGUUCCGAGUUCAUUAUUGAUUGGCUGAAUUAUUUAGCAACUCCUCGAUCUAAUUAGUGGAACAUAGUUGUCAAAAAGUCUUUCUGCCUUCCAUUUAUUCUAGAAUCGCUAUUUCCGAGCGGAAGCCGAAGUGCCUAUCCCCGUAGCCGAAAAGAACCGAAGUGAUUCUCUAAACUCCGCCUUCCAUUUCCGGAAAGAGACGAAGCUCUUGGCUAAUAGCCUGACUGCCAGCAGCCUCUCCUUCCUCCCAAAGAGAACAAGAGCACGAGAAGGGAGUGCGAGCUGGCGCCGCCAUCACUCUAAACGCUGCCAGCAUGUCGGAUUUCGACGAGUUUGAGCGGCAGCUGAACGAAAACAAACAAGAGCGUGAUAAAGAGAAUCGCCACAGAAAACGCAGUCAUAGUCGCUCUAGAAGUCGUGAGCGAAAACGUCGAAGCCGCAGUAGAGAUAGGAGAGCAAGAGAACAACGCAGUGGCUCUAGGGACAGGAGGCGGCGCAGUACUGUAGGGUCAUCUCACCCUACCCCUCCGCUGCAGGACCGCCUCCCAGUUUCUCUCGCACCAGCAGAUGAUCGUUACAGAAGCCGCUCCCCAAGACAUGAGAAGAAAAAGAAGAUUCGCAAAUACUGGGAUGUCCCCCCUCCUGGUUUUGAGCAUAUCACACCAAUACAGUAUAAAGCCAUGCAAGCUGCAGGGCAGAUUCCUGCUACAGCUCUCCUUCCAACGAUGACACCGGAUGGAUUGGCUGUAACUCCCACCCCCGUACCUGUUGUUGGCAGUCAGAUGACCAGACAAGCCCGUCGUCUUUAUGUUGGAAAUAUUCCUUUUGGCAUCACUGAGGAAGCAAUGAUGGACUUUUUUAAUGCCCAAAUGCGCCUUGGUGGUUUGACCCAAGCACCAGGCAACCCGGUGUUGGCUGUGCAAAUUAAUCAAGACAAGAACUUUGCUUUCCUUGAGUUUCGCUCUGUUGAUGAGACAACACAGGCAAUGGCCUUUGAUGGCAUAAUUUUUCAGGGCCAGUCACUUAAAAUUCGUCGUCCUCAUGAUUAUCAGCCCUUGCCUGGCAUGUCUGAAAACCCGUCCGUGUAUGUCCCAGGGGUGGUAUCCACUGUUGUCCCAGACUCUGCACACAAGCUUUUCAUUGGAGGUUUACCCAACUAUCUGAAUGAUGACCAGGUAACCAUGGCGUCAUUAAGCCUAUGGGUUAAAGAAUUACUUACAUCUUUUGGCCCAUUAAAGGCCUUUAAUUUGGUAAAAGACAGCGCCACAGGCCUUUCAAAGGGAUAUGCCUUCUGUGAAUAUGUGGAUAUAAAUGUCACAGAUCAGGCCAUUGCAGGUCUAAAUGGGAUGCAAUUAGGGGACAAGAAGCUGUUGGUACAGAGGGCAAGUGUUGGAGCCAAGAAUGCAACUCUGAGCACAAUAAAUCAGACCCCUGUUACUCUUCAGGUUCCUGGUCUAAUGAGCUCCCAGGUGCAAAUGGGAGGUCAUCCAACAGAGGUGUUGUGCCUGAUGAAUAUGGUCUUACCAGAAGAGUUAUUGGAUGAUGAUGAAUAUGAGGAAAUUGUUGAGGAUGUGAGAGAUGAAUGUAGCAAAUAUGGCAUUGUGAAAUCCAUUGAAAUACCCCGGCCUGUUGAUGGUGUUGAGGUUCCAGGAUGUGGCAAGAUCUUUGUGGAAUUCACAUCUGUCUUUGACUGCCAGAAAGCCAUGCAAGGACUCACAGGACGCAAGUUUGCUAAUAGAGUGGUGGUUACAAAAUACUGUGACCCAGAUGGAUACCACCGUCGUGAUUUCUGGUAGAUGUAGCUACCCAGCUUGAUGGUUGAAAAGAAAAAGCUUCGGCUCUGGAGAGCGGGGGGGAGAUCAGAUGGACCCUUAAAUUUUUUUUUAUAUAUAUAUAUAUAUAGUUUGUUUUUUUUUCGUUACUUUUUUCUCUCCCUGCAAGAAUGUUUGUUUAUUUUAUGGCCAAACUUUUUUUUUUUUCCUCUCCUGAACUUUGGGCACCUCACUCCCUUUUAAGGAAAAAAAAUCUACUUAAUCCUGGUCCGUUAUGCAACAAUGCAAAUAACCCCUGGAAAUCCUUUUCUUUCCCUUUGAAGGACCAUGAAAUCUCAGUGGUGGUUAUACUGUAGUAAAAUGUCUUUCUUUCUGUGGCAGUUUCAUAUUUGAAAACAUUUGCUGAUUAAAACAUUUUGUUGUAUUUUA